AUGUUGCAAUCGGCGUUCUUUCUCAAUGAUGAUUUAUCUUUUAAUCAUGUUCAUUUUGAAGUUAAUUUUCCAAAAAUUGAAUUGAACUUUGAGAAAAAAAACAUCAAACCAACCGAAGCGAUAAAAAUAGCAAUAGAUAACGCAUUAAAGAAUGAGAAACCAUAUCAAGAAUUAAUCAAAAUAUUUGACACAUUUGGAUACUUAUUAGCACAGAAAUAUAUCCUUGGUCAAAAAUUAUACAAUUCAUGUGUUCCGUUGCAAAAAAUAUCGAGUAUUGAUAACCAGUUAGAAAUUGAAGAACUUUUUGAAAAUUAUCCAUCGAAAUUAGAUGAUAUGUUGAAGAAACAUGGGUUCGAUACAUCAUAUUUGAUUUCAAUGAACGGAGAAGCGGUUAAAAUAAAUGAUGUUGAAAAAUGGUUAAAUGAACAUUCUAAAUUAUUACAAGUUAUUAGCCGUAGUGAAUUGCUUCCAGUAUAUGAAAUAUUUGAUGAAUCUACCAGUUAUAAAAUCCAAUCGAUUUUAGGAAUUGACAAUCAAAAAAGGAUAAAAAGGAUACUUAUGACGGGGAUUGUGCAGAUUAUCAAAAAUACAAAGUAUUACCAUAUAGACUUUCCUUCUAACUUAGAAAGUUGCAAUUAUCACAUCUUUGCAAAGAUUAUUAGACAUACAAAUGAGGAAUUAAUUGAUACUGUUGAUAAAACAGUAGUGAAAAUAUAUUCUAAAAAUAAAACCGGAUUUUUAGCAGCAAUCGAAAAUAUUAAUGAAAUCAAAAAUAUAGACCCAGCUGACCUCCAAAUUAUGUGGAUCUUGGUCGGAUUUCCAGAUGAAAUUAACUUUUAUAGCGUACAUACGCGGGAAUUAUCUGUAUUAAGCGUGGAGGAUCAAAACAUUACACUUGAAGACAAUAAAAAGAGCAUAUUAAUCAAUGUUCCAAAGGAGUUGCCAAGAAACUCAAUAAUGACUUUGUCAUUUGAAUACCCUCUGUUUAGAAAUAAUUUAGAAAUUCAGGAUGGUAAAAUUGAAUUAAAUAUAGAUUACUUUUCGUCCAAAAAUGGCGCGUCUUCUGAAGAUGUAAUGUCUGAAAAUGAUAAAUCCGGAGAUGUUGAAUCCGAAAGUGAUGAAUCGGAAGAUGAAGAUUCUGAAUAUGUGAUUAAAUAUCCAUGUAUUUUUGCCUCUGAUAAUGAAUUUAUAGAAGCUGAUAUAUCAACUAGCAAAUGCAAAAAAAAACUUAUUUAA